CCUCAAUUAAACUGUCGCUGCCCCGAACAUUACAGUCGUCUCAUUUUAUCAAUUCUUUCUAUCAUCUUCUCCGGCGUGUCUCCGGUUCUUUCAGCAUGCUGGAAGAUUGGAACUCUCUUGUUUGAAAAGUAAUAGUGGGAAGCAUGAGCAGAUCCAGUCACCAUAAAGAGAAGCAUCGAAAUAAUAAAGAGCUAUCCCUGGUUUCUUGCGACGAGGGCACUUCAGCUCGGACGAGACCUUUGAGCUUUGAAGACAUAAUGCUUAGAAGGAAAAACAAGAAAACAGGGGGAAUUCAAUCUGCUCUUGGAGAACGUAAUGGCAAACACAAUAUGGAGAAUGUUUCUGAUGGUCCAAAAAGUGAUGGAGACGGACAACAUUGUUCUAUUCAUGGUGGUUUUAUAUCUAUUUCAGAGGAUUCUGUGAGGAUCCAUGCUCGGAGAAAAGAAGAUAAUACAUAUUCAACAAAGGACAGAUCUGGAGAAAGCCGAGAGCGGGGCGCCAAAUUGAGCUCAGUAAUAACAACUUUAGGUUGUAAUGAUGCCAGUGGAGGCAAAUCUGAUAGACAUACUUACAAUAGCAAGAGAAGUGAUCGUUCUAAUAAAGAUUCUAAAAAUGGAUCUGGUGAGAGACAUUCAAGGGAUUUGAGCAGAAAGGAGAGGUCUGGAGAAAAGGUUUUUGGGUUAUCUGUAACAGAGAGGGAACACAGAAAAGCUAUAGAUAAUGACCACAAACAGGUUUACGGCAGGAGCAGAGAUGUUGACCAAACGAGGCAUGAUUAUAAAAAUGAACCACAGAAGAGACAUUCAAGAGCUUUGACUGGGAGAGAUAAAUAUGCCGAAGAAAGUAGAGUAAUACCAGAGAAGCAAAGCAGAAGGAAACAUCAAGAUGAAGACAAGGAGAGAACUGGAGACCAGGAUGCUCCAAGAAAACAUGAUAAGCGUAAAUCAAAGAAUUCAGAAUUUUCCAAAAUGAAGGAAAAAGAGCCAUCAAGAAGCUAUUAUGAAGACUUGAGGCCCAAAAGGAAAAGGUCUGUGAGCAGAGAGCGUGAUCAAGAAAGAAGUAGGAGGUCUUCUUCAGUUUCACCAACGGCCCACAGGUGGAAGUUGGUGGAUGACCAGGACUACUCUUAUAAAGAUAAAUCUCAAAGAUCACAUGUCGAUACUGAGAGGAAGAGGGUAUCAACUGAUGGUCCUAAUAGUAAUCACAGGCGCUAUUCUGGAUCUUCAAGUGGGCUUGGUGGCUAUUCACCAAGAAAGAGAAAAACUGAUGCUGCAGCAAAGACUCCUUCCCCAACUACUCGCUCUCCAGAGCGCAAAACUGCUGGCUGGGACCAUCAACCUGUAGGAAAGGAAAGUGACACUAGCAGUUCUCUUGCCUCUAAUGUGCAGUUCUCAAGCCAAAUUGCAUCAGAGAAUGGACCCAAGCCUUUGAGCGUGAUUCCUACUAUUUCAGCUGCAAUAAAGCCUGUUGGUAUUUCUCAAUAUACUUCAUUUUCUCAGAUACAUGCCAUUGACUCCAUCCAGUUAACACAAGCAACACGGCCAAUGAGGAGGCUUUAUGUGGAGAAUUUACCGCCUACAGCUUCUGAGAAAGCUGUUGUGGAAUGUAUUAAUGAUUUCCUGCUGUCUUCGGGUGUUAACCAUAUUAAAGGAACUUCUCCGUGCAUCAGUUGUAUGAUACACAAGGAGAAGGGUCAAGCUCUUCUUGAAUUUUUGACACCAGAAGAUGCUUCAGCUGCACUUUUCUUUGAUGGCAGAUCCUUCUUUGGGUCUGUUCUUAAAAUCAGACGGCCCAAGGAUUUUGUUGAAGUGACUACUGGUGUUGAUGACAAAUCAGUAGAUGCAACUACUUCAAUAAGUGACGAUGUCGAGGACUCAAGCCAUAAGAUUUUUAUUGGUGGAAUAUCAAAGGUUAUCUCAGCUGAAAUGCUUAUGGAGAUUGUUGAGGCCUUUGGAUCUCUAAAGGCAUUUCACUUUGAGCAUAAUGUGGAAGGUGUUGGACAAUGUGCUUUUCUUGAGUAUGUUGAUCAUCUGGUAACUCAAAAAGCGUGUGCUGGUCUUAAUGGUAUGAAGUUGGGAGGACAAGUGCUCACUGUGGUACAAGCUACUCCAGAUACUCCAACAUUGGGAAAUGCUAAUCAGUUGCCACUCUAUGGGAUCCCUGAGCAUGCAAAGCCACUUCUGAAGAAACCCACUGGAGUUUUGAAGCUAAAAAAUGUGUUGGAUCCAGUAGGACCCUUAUCAUUGUCUGAAGCCGAACUGGAAGAGAUAUUGGAAGACAUAAGACUGGAGUGUGCCAGGUUUGGUACUGUCAAAGCCAUCAAUGUUGUCAAGCACAUUGAUAAUUAUACUACUGGUGCAGCAUUUACAGCAGUGGAUGGGAGUGGUUCUGCUAUGGAUUACAAGGACAAUUCAGAAGAAGCAAGUGGAGAGAGUAUCACUGAUAAAGUGUUAGCAAAUAAUAUCACGUCAAAGCCCCCUAAAAGCUGCAUAGAAUCUGUGAAUGCUGAUGAAACUGUUAAUGGUGAUGCCAUCUCUGCUGAAAACAUCCAUUUUAGCAAUUUAAAAGAACCUGGUGAUACUAGCAACAUCAAUUUCCAUGAUGGCCAUUCUCAUUACAAACCUGUCGGCGAUAUAUUGAAUGAUGAGAGUCAUGAACGAAUUAUUAACGAUGGCAAUCGGACUGAUACUGGCUCAGCCCGCCAGGAGAUUCUGGAUAUCAGUUCUACAGAAUGCACUAGAAACCUGAACACCUCGACAAACCAGUUGAUGAGCAAUGACAGCAUUUCUGAUGCUACAGUUGGGGCCUGUGAGAUGAAAAAUGAAGUGCGUGUCAUGGAGAAAUCAUUUUUGGACAAUGUUGGAAGAUCGAGUGCCUCAGAACCAGACUCCUGUGGGAAAAUGGGAUCGGACAUUCUUGAGAAAGGUGAAAACAAGGAAGAGAUGCCCAAUGUUUCUGAUUGUUUUGAGGCUGGUUGUGUUCUAGUGGAGUUUAAAAGAAUUGAAGCUUCUAGCAUGGCUGCACAUUGUCUGCAUGGACGACUUUUUGAUGACCGUAUUGUGACUGUGGAGUAUGUCGAUCCUGAUCUUUACCACAAGAGAUUUCCUAAAUGAGUAGGCUUGCAUGUUAUCAUCGGAUGACCGGAUCUGUUUUUUGUUCUUUGUAACUCUUUUUGUAUGCAAAUUUGGUGGUAAACCAUGGAGUAAGUCUUGCACAGCCUCUGGGAUUUUGGUCUUUCCAGCUUUAUUCUGUAUCGCUGUCUUCUUCUCAUGCCUCUCAUGUAAAGUUACCCAGAAAAAAAAAACAAAAAAAGAGUGUAAUGGGGCUUGAAGCAUGCAGCUAAAGAUCGCCCUCAUGACCCUUGCCCUUCCCUUUGUAGAUUGGAGCUAUUUAGCAUGCCAUUCCAUUCCAUUCCAUUUUGAGCAGAAUGGAAGUAAUGUUGUAGGUCACCAGUGCUCAACUGAGGGGAAAUACAUGUAAUAGGAUUACUGAUUCAAGUUUAUCGAACGGUAUAUAGGUUCCUGUUAUAUUUCGUUUGGCUUACCA